UUGGAGAGAGCGGGCGCGCGCGAAGCGGUGUGCAGAUGUGUCGCAGAUUUUGUAAAGUCACUGGACGCAUGGAAAGAUCCAGCAAAAAGGAAGUCGCUCCGGAUAAAUGGGCCUUUAAACUGUCAGGAAAACAAGGCGGCCGAAGGAGAGACGCGGGGAAGAAGACGUAGCCGAGGGAGGGCUGUCAUAAGCAGUUAACGUUAGCUUAGUUUGUAGGAGGAGAAGGACGUUACUUUGACAGUUAAAAGCCAGCGGACGGCGGCGGCGUGCGGAGAGAUGGAGCUGUCAGCGAUCGGAGAGCAAGUGUUUGCCGUGGAAUCAGUCGUCAAGAAAAGAGUUAGAAAGGGACACGUGGAGUAUCUGCUGAAGUGGAAAGGAUGGCCUCCAAAGUACAGCACUUGGGAACCUGAGGAACACAUUCUGGACCGGCGCUUGGUGCAGGCCUACGAAGAGAAGGAACACAGAGAACGAGCUCUGGGUCACAGAAGGAAAGGAUCCAAAGCCAAAAGACUCGUUCUGCAGAAUACUGUCUACACCAUGGAUCUCCGCAGCGCUCACAAGACUCCAGAAAAACCACCACCACGCCUGCGUCUGUCCCUGACGCGCUCUCUCCUCCCUGAGGAUGAACAUCAGCCGUACAGACAGGGCUCACAAACACAACUGUCACACCACAGAAGCAAACAGAGGAGGAAGGAGUUCAGAUGCCUCAGCUCAAACCCUCCAAGUCCUAGACAAGAGAACUGGGAAGAGCAGGGAGAGGAGGAGGAGGAGGAGGAGAACAGCAUGGAAGAUGACGAGGACAGGGAGGAGGAGGAGGAGGAGGAGCAAGAGGAGGCUCAGAAGGACACAGCAAAGAAGAGCAAUGGCCUUUUAAAUGGACAUGAGAGGACAGAUGACUGGAGCUCUAUUCUUGGACCAGACGAGGGCACGACAUCAGAGAAUAUUUGGAGACCCAUCCUUUGUCCAGGAGAAGUGACAGUCACAGACAUCACCCUUAACUCCCUCACAGUGACUUUCCGAGAGUCGAGAGUGGCCAAAGGCUUCUUCAGAGACUGGGGCCUGGAGGUCUGAAUGCUGGAAAUGGGGUUAGCAGGUUAGCAAUGAAGGCAUGGCGAGAGGGAGAUGGAGGCACCGACACAGUGUGUUAUGUGUUUGAGGACCACGGUCAGUGUUUUCAUUCCCUCUCUGCACCUUCUCUCGCUGCUUGUCUCAUUGCCAGCCACUCCCGGCUUGCUGAUUGGUACAUUUACAUGCACAGAGUCACCUGAAUAUAAGCUGAUCUCCAGGUAAAGUGUUAUCUUGGUUGUUCUCAACACUUUUCCUACAAUGGGCCUGAACUGCCUUGAAGGGCAUCACAUGCCACUUUAUAUUAAGAAUAGGAUUUAAAUAUUCAGUAAUCACUGAAGGGAAGUUCUUUUGUUGCAGCUCCCACAGAAUGAGAGACAUUAGUAAAUUAAAUUGAGCAAAAAAAGAAGUAAUAAAUAUACAAGGCCACAGUAAGGACCUUCUGACCGCAGCUUAAAAAUUGCCACCACAGAACUUGUGUAGCAUUCUUCGUCUUGGUACCACAUGCAUUAAAUAAGGGGAGCAUCCACAGGAAAAAAGCUCCAGCUCUGGCCCUUCGUGUGGACAAUGGCAAAGUUCCUGAUCUGCUCCACUUUUCUAUUUAAGUGAAUUUCCAGGUAGUAACUUUUAAUGGCAACCAAUGAAACAAAAAACAUGGAAAGCUACUUCUCCACAGAGCAGAGAGGAAUUAAGUUAUUCAAACAGUCCCAACAGAAGCAUGUGAUAGAAGAAAUAAUGCUGGAUAUUUGUGACGGCCUUUCUAAUAUCUGUUCUUUGUCUCCAGAGCGAAAACUGUGCCACAUAAGUGUUUCAGCUAAAGGUCCAAUCAGAAACACUGAAGGACCAAAUGUGAAGCAGGUGCACCUGAGGGCCCCAGGAAUCAAAGAGCUGAACAUGUGUGGCUGUAAAAUGGCCUCUAGUUUACUUGUAUUGUUGGUAUCGCUUGAAGUAUACGUUGUCCAAAGCAAAGCUCUCCUAUAGAAAAGAUUCAAUUUAGUUUUAUUUAUAUAGCUCCAAAUCACAAGAAACAGUCGCCUCAAGGCGGUUUAUAUAAUAAGGUAAAGACCCUACAAUAAUAACAGUGAAAACCCGACAGUCAGGACCACCUGUGAGCAGCACUUGGAGACAGGGGGAAGGAAAAACUCCCUUUUAACAGGAAGAAACCUCCAGCAGAUCCAGGCUCAGGGAGGGGCAGUCUGCUGCGACCAGUUGGGGCUGAAAAGAAACACAACUAUGGUCGCACAGUACUGGAUGCAGGUUUUCUUUGUUACCUUAAGGUGUAAUAAUCUUAAGCACAUUUCUUUCCUGACAAACAACUUGAAAAGUCAGCUGCUCGCCUGCUCGAUGGUUAUUUUCCCGGGUUACCUGCACCAUGCAGGGACAGCGGCCCGAUCGCACCAAUCCGUCCUUCUCCGCAGCAGCUCGAGCUGUCACUGUUGGGUCAUUUAAACUGAGACUGCCUGACAGUACUGGCUACUGCCUACUACUGACUAAUCACCCUGAAACCAAAAAAAAAAAAAGCAGCAGUAGCUUUCUAGCUAACAUUCGCUAAUUAGUUGCUUUGAGAGUGAAAUAUUUCUUGUCCUUCACCUCCCAAAUGACAGAAUUAUUCACUUAUUAAAGUCCAUAUAACUGCCUUGUAUAAAUGUUCAUCCUGGAGACAUUUAUACAUUAAUGUAAAACAAGUGAAGUGGCGCUCUAGCAGGAACUUCCGUGGCUUUAGUGAUGGAAAUGCUGAGCUCGAUGCUUUAUGCGGAUCCCGAGUUGUGACUGAACACUGUGAAUUGAGCGAAUCUUUUUUUGGGGUUUGUUUGUUUUGGGGGGUUUUUUUGUGUGGUUGUUGUUACUGUUGUUAAUUUUGUCAAAUCAGAUUCAAGAUUAUUUUCAUGCAGAAUCUUCUUUUUGAUCCUCGUGAAGUAGAAAGCAGCUGCAGUGAUGAAAUAAAUGUGGUUUCACAGUUUAAAGUAGCACAAAACUAGAAAUUUAAACAGCCAAUUUCUUUGAAUUUGCACUUUACACGGCAGCUCCCCACCAGCGUACUUUGAGUUUGCCAUCUGUGUUUCUGUAACAGCUGUAUUUUUUUUCACUUUAGAGGCGUUAGCCUUAGCUCCGGGGAGAGGUGGUCCAAAUUUGUCCGGCGCCUACCUUUUGACCUGUUCAGCAUAGAUGUCCCAACCAGGAGCUUAUGCUCCCACUGAUACAGCUCUCCGGGUCAUUGAAGCACACAAGCCCCCACACCAUGAAUGGGGAUGGACCGAGUGGUGGGUAACAUUGGUAACCAUGUGAAAAAGAAAAGGAAGAGUCCUCUGUGCAUGUAAACAAAGCCACACUAAGCCAGCCUGACUGGACUCAGACAUUUUGUACAUACUCAGUGAGGUGAGCAUAGGUGUCGGUCCCAUACUAACACACAGUGCUGUACCUGUAACCUGUAAACACGUAGACUGUUACUACUGUACAACACGUGGCUUAGUCUUGUAUGCGUUUCAAAAUCCUCUGAGAGAAGAUUUGAUCCGCCUGCAUGCCUUUCUCCUCCAGUACAGUUACUAUAUCAAUAUAAAGACAGUGUAGUCUUCUCUGUUCAACUAGCUCUUCAUCUCAGCACAUACAGCCCACCAUACAAGUGACAAAUUUGUACCAAAAUGAGAAACUAAAUGAGACUUGAUAAGAUGUAUUAUGGAAUUGCACUGUAUUAACAUCAUAAAGGUUUGUGUGUCCAGCAGGAGCCUCUUUUGCAGAGACUGAUGGGCAGAGUUUCAAAGGCAAAUAAAUAGCUGAUAUUUCAGACCAAUAUUCAGUAGCUUUUUAUCAUACAUAGCAUUUCCACCAAAGGCUCUGUCUUUAUCCAUUAAUCUAACUGGAAAUGCUUCAUUUAGUUAAUCACCAAACAGACUUUCCACUAAAAACCAGGCUGAUGCAGUCAGUUUUAUUUAGUUUAGUUAACUGUGUGGCGUACUAACCCAACUUUCAGAAAGCGUGCUUUUCAGUUAAUAAACCACCAGUAGAAUAAUAUUAGUAUCCCAUCACAGGUAACAGCUGGUAAUGGAUGGGAGCGAUGGGGCUAUUUUUUAAUGGAAAUAGUUUAAAGGGGAAACUAAAAUUAAAACUGUGAAAGGCUCUAUAACGCACAAUCAAAGACAGCUUUCCAAAAUGACCUCAUUGAUGAUUGAUUGAUGAUUAAUGUGGACAAAGCCCACAUCACAAAGGCAUACAGACCAGUGCCAACCCCAAAUUCUUGUGACCUUCAGCAGUCGCUCAGUGACUGAAAUUCAAAUGUUCAUUCACUGGGUGGUCAGCGCAGUAGGAUGCACAUUUAUUCAUAGUGACCGGUGGUUCCCGGGGGGGGGGCAUGACAGGUCACCCGGCCUGUGUGACUGGAUGAAGUGAAUCUUGAACAUAGGAUUACUUAUCUCAAAGUAUAUGUAAUUAUAUAAUAUGUGUUCACAUUCGUUAUCAAUAAAGGCUCAUUUUUUGAUUGUUUACACAGCAAUAGAGAAACCAACACCACAACAAGGCUCAUCUUAAUAGCUUGGGUGACCAGAUCCCAACAAACUGAAUGUGCGAUCUUCUUCUCACUAUAAUAAAAAAAACCUUCCCUUCAUAUGUGUUGGGUGAAAGUCAGACUUUAGAGAAGCACGUGUCCUGCAGAACGCGUCAAAAUGUGAGGAACUGUCUCAAGAUGUUGGACAGAGGGACAAGGAUUAAAAACACUGCACAGUCCCACAUAAAGAGGGACAUCUGGUGACCCUAGUAGUAGCUGUUCAUCAAUUCCUUAUUUCUUCUACAUUUUCAUUAAUAUUUCUAAUGAUCACUGAAAAAUUGAGUUACUGCAGUUCAUGAAUGACUUUAAGCAGUAUUUUUAAAACACCGCCCUCCCGUCGGUUCAGUUAAAAAGGUUUUAGAAGAAUAAUACUGAUAGAUUAUAAUCACAGAGUUCCAAAUAAUUCAGAUGGUGAUGAGAGAAUAAAUGACAACUGAACAACAAACAGCUCAAAUAAAUAAAAAUGUUGACAAAUGAUUACAGUAUAUCAGUCAGAAGUGGAAAGUUUCAGUGAUCAGCGUCACAAACUGGAAAACAACUGAAGCCUGACUCUGGACCCAGUAGAUCAGUCUCCACUGGCUUCCACAGAGGGCACAGGAGCCAAUGUGAUGUGUCAUGUUUAUGGAAUCUCCCACAGAGGUGUCCCAUUGGUCCACAUGUUGUUUAUACCACACUGAGGAUGAUGGGUCAGCGUCUCGUGACCCUAAAACUCUGUGUGACAAUGAAGCUGCAGGGAAUGGAAGUGCCUGAUGUUGCCUUUUUUUUUUUUUUUUAAGUUUUGUCUGUGCAGCUUUUAGGGCUAAUAGUUCUUAUUUUCAUACACACACAUAAACCCACCUUUCCAGUCCCAGCUUUUUUUUUUUUGUUGUUGUUUGUUUCUGUAUGUAUGGAUUUCACCGUCCUUCACUGAUGUAAUUAAGACUUGAAAUACGAGGAGACGAGGAGAGAAAGAUUGAGAGGAAACGUGUAUUUUUUAGUGGUUAUUUUUCUACAUUGACCUGAAUGUAUAUUUAUUCUUUAAGGGUGUAUUUGUCACUCCGAUGACCAACGAGGAUAGUUUUUUAUACAGUUUGUGAUAACCACUGAGCUUAUGCCAUACUUAAAUGUUGCUGACAUGACAUAACAAGCGCCCCGGAUUUGACGUUGCCUGAUGUGGUUGCUCGUGCUGCUUUCGUCCACCACUGAGCAAAGAACCUUGCACUUUAUUGUGAUGUAACCCUGCACAUUACAUGCUCCAGUCUACGAAGUGUCAUUGUGUAUAGACUAUUUCUAUGGUAUUACUAAAAUAAA